ACCCACAUUACGCAGGCGAUGCCACCCCCCAAUAUAAUCCCCUGUCCCCACGAGGUCCCACUCCUGGUGAAGAAUCAGAGAGUAAAGGCACCAGAUUCUGAGCACUUAUUUGAAAAAUAUGGCUACCUCAAACCAGAAUGUGGAGUUUGUGAGGACAGGUUAUGGGAAGAAUCUGGUGAAGGUAAUGUAUGUACGGCGGGAGGGGAUGCACCACUACAUAAUCGAGAUGAAAGCAAACGUCCAGCUGACACUGAACUCUCGCAAGGACUACGUGAACGGAGACAACUCGGACAUCAUUCCUACCGACACCAUCAAGAACACUGUCCAUGCUUUGGCAAAGCUAAAGGGGGUAAAAACCAUCGAGGGAUUUGCCCUGGACAUCUGCCAUCACUUCCUGACAGCAUUUAAGCACGUCACACGAGCAAAGGUCGACAUUGAGGAAACUCCCUGGAAGAGACUGGAAAAAAAUGGAGUUGAGCAUGCCCAUGCCUUCAUCUUCUCUCCAGAAUCUUGGCGCUUCUGUGAGGUAGAACAGUAUCUAAAUGAGCCCCCAGUGAUUCACAGUGGAAUCAGAGACAUGAAGGUCCUGAAAACCACACAGUCAGGUUUUGAGGGCUUCCUGAGAGAUCGCUUCACCACUUUGCAGGAAGCCAGGGACAGGUUCUUCUGUACUUCAGUCUACGCUAGGUGGCGCUACAACAAGCACCAAGGCGUACCUUUUGACACUGCAUGGAAAACUGUGAAAGACACCAUCAUCGAGAAGUUUGCUGGACCAUAUGACCGCGGAGAGUAUUCACCUUCUGUUCAGAAGACCCUGUAUGACACACAGUGUCUUGUUCUUGACAGACUGCCAGAGGUUGAGGAGAUUGAAAUAGUGAUGCCAAACCAGCACUACUUUACAAUUGACAUGACAAAAAUGGGAAUCUCCAAUAAGGAUGAGGUUCUUCUACCUCUUGAUAAUCCAGCUGGCAACAUCACAGGGACUGUGCGCAGGAAGCCACGGGCAAGACUGUGAAACUGAUCGCAAAAAGGGAAUCCACAAACAAAGGCAUUCUGACAGAUCUGUAAUCACCUGCAAACAAACAAACAAAGACCUCACUCUGUGUUUACCUGAAAACAGUCUGUGAAGUAAAGAAAAUCAUGAAUUAAUAUUAAAAUGACACCACCAUGCCUCAAUUUAUCCCAGCUGGUCUAGAAUGCAAUGAGUGCAACAAAACUGCAUGAGAGUUUUUACAACAUUACACAACGUUGUGAAAACUACUGUUUUAAAGGUUUGGGCUGUUUUUAAAAAUAUAAAACCAGUUUUAUUGCAUACAAGUGUACAAAAUGAUUCUAAUAUAUUAGUCCUUUGCACCUUCACAGGCUUUAAAUAAUUAGUAUGACACUAUGAAGAAAUUUCAGAAGGAUGAACAAAACUGCAGAUGAUUCUAAAACAACUGACGAAGCUAUAGAACAUGAACUGAGUUAUAAUGAAAUUAGCAUUCAGGAUUCAGCAUAUAGAAAAAUCUCAAGGCAGAUAAUUUGACAAUAAAUAAAUGUAAACAUAGUUAUAUGGAAAGGUUGGUCAAAUUACAUUUUACUGAUUUUCUAAGUGAAAACAAGUAAACACAUCCUCCACUGUAGGGGUGGGGAACUCCAAUCCUGGAGGGCCAGAUUGCUGCACAGUUUGAAGAUUUUCCUGAUCAAACCCACUUAAUUCAACUCCUCAGAUAGUUGGCAGGUUUAGUUGGAGUCCUAAAGCAGAGAAAACACCAAACUGUUCUGUACUCUGGCCUUCAGUUCUCCACCCUUGCUCUACAAGGAACUUAAAUUCUCCUAAUAUUAGUGCAUUUAUUUGCUGAAUUUAAAACGCCGGAACAAAUGUAAAAUAUAAAAUGUGUCAAAACGUUUGCACAGGCCACAUUCUAUGUUUUUUCCCAAUAUGCUAAAUUUGUUAAAUAAACAGUAACUGGGCAUUAAAGUGGCCAGAAGUGUGUUCUCUGUAGAGGAUGUCUUAACUAAUUUUUACUUUGAAAAUUAACAAUAUAUGUCAUUUGACAUACUGAAUGAAGGUAUCUAUUGAAUAUGGAUGAAUCUGUUGGGUAACUAAGAGAAGUGAAUAUGGGAUUUUCACUUUAAUGGAAAGAUUUAGUCAUUCUAUAUGAGAUAUUCAGGAGUUAUUUCUAAAACUGGAAUGAAUGUUGGCAAAAUAAAGGUGUUAAAAACG